AUGGGGAGCAGAAGCUAUUCCGCCAAUCCCAGCGAUUACAAGCUUCUAGAAGAAGUCGGUUAUGGAGCCAGCGCCACCGUAUACCGCGCAAUCUACAUCCCUUACAACGAGGAGGUCGCCGUCAAGUGUCUGGAUCUGGAUCGCUGCAACAGCAAUCUCGACGACAUAAGGAGGGAGGCGCAGACCAUGAGCCUCAUCGAACAUCCCAACGUCGUAAAGGCCUUCUGCUCCUUCGUCGUCGAGCGGAGUCUGUGGGUUGUCAUGGGAUUCAUGGCGCAGGGGUCCUGUUUGCACCUCAUGAAGGCGGCGUAUCCCGAAGGAUUCGAAGAGGCUGCCAUCGGAUCUAUACUUAAGGAGACUCUCAAGGCGCUCGAGUACCUCCACCGACAUGGACACAUUCACCGCGACGUUAAGGCUGGCAAUAUUCUCCUGGAUUCCAACGGCCAGGUCAAGCUCGCCGACUUUGGCGUUUCCGCUUGCAUGUUCGACACCGGCGACCGCCAGCGCUCCAGGAACACCUUCGUCGGAACUCCCUGCUGGAUGGCGCCAGAGGUGCUGCAGCCUGGAACCGGUUAUAAUUUCAAAGCUGAUAUUUGGUCUUUUGGAAUCACGGCGUUGGAGUUGGCUCAUGGUCACGCACCUUUCUCCAAGUAUCCUCCCAUGAAGGUUCUUUUGAUGACAAUUCAGAAUGCUCCUCCAGGGCUUGAUUACGAUCGUGACAGAAAGUUCUCCAAGUCUUUUAAGGAAAUGGUUGCUAUGUGCCUGGUAAAAGAUCAAACAAAGAGGCCAUCCGUGGAGAAAUUGCUCAAACACUCCUUCUUCAGACAAGCAAAGCCUCCGGAGCUUUCUGUAAAGAAAUUAUUUGCUGAUUUACCACCUCUCUGGAACCGUGUAAAAUCCCUCCAGCUUAAAGAUGCAGCUCAGCUAGCACUAAAGAAAAUGCCUUCUGCAGAACAAGAAGCUAUAUCACAGAGUGAAUAUCAUCGAGGAGUUAGUGCAUGGAACUUCGAUAUUGAUGAUCUGAAAGCUCAAGCUGCAUUGAUGCAGGACGAUGAUGAUAUUGCAGACAUAAGGGAAGAAGAUGAAAACAAAUUCUUCAGCUCCUACAAGGGUACAAGUGAUUCUCAGUUUAAUGUGGGCAGAAAAAAUUCAAAUAACUUCCAACAAGAUGAGUUUGCAUUACAGGUAGGCAGUAACGACAUACCACAAAGUGAGAAGAGAAAUGGAUCAGUGGCUGAAGCAACACCCUCUACUUCAGAAAAUGAUGUGGGAACAAGCAAUGUUAAAACACAAUCAGUGAAACUUGGUAAAACCCAAAGUGGACCACUGGUGCCAGGUGCAGUGCUUGGUCAUUCUUUAUCUGAAAGAGGGCGUGCAUUUGAAAGGUUUGAGAAUGAAAAUCAGUUAUCAGGUGAGAAAAGUAAUCGUGAUUUUCGACGAGCUCCAAGCUUUAGUGGUCCACUAAUGCUUCCAAACCGAGCUUCAGCAAAUAGUUUAUCAGCUCCAAUAAAAUCUUCUGGAGGAUUCAGAGAUUCCUUGGAUGAUAAGUCUAAUAAAGCUAAUCUAGUGCAAAUUAAAGGACGAUUUUCAGUGACAUCAGAAAAUUUAGAUCUGGUGAAGGAUAUUCCUGUAAGUUCAGUUUCACGCAGAUCUUCACAGGGGUCACCAAUGAGGAAAUCUGCCAGUGUUGGUGAUUGGAUGGUGGAUUACAAACAAAUGCCAAUCGGUCAAUCUUCCAAUGAUUCUGCUAAUAUCAGUAUUCCUGCAUCAUUUCUAGUGCCUCAUCUUCAUAAUCUUUUCCAGCAGACAUCUAUUCAACAGGAUCUUAUAAUGAAUAUGUUAAACAGCUUGCAAACUGCUGAGGCAAUUGAUGCUUCUCAGAAUGGAAAGUUGCCACCAUUGCCUCGCAAUUCAGAGAACAAUGGAAGUGCUGAGACAGCAGUUUCAGAGAGGGAACAACUGCUACUAGCCAAAAUUUCAGAACUUCAUUCUCGGAUGAUUAAUUUGACCGAUGAACUAACUUAUGAGAAGUUAAGAUACGUGCAGUUGCAACAACAACUAGCUGCUGUCUACAGCCAGGAACAAAAUGGGGAAAGAGAGGAAUAUGCAUGA